AUGCCGAUCGUGGAGAAGCUGAAGGAGGCGCUGAAGCCGGGCCGGCGGGAGGCGGGCGAGGAUGGGGAGCUGGGCCGGCUGCUGGCCGCCUCGGCCAAGAAGGUGCUGCUGCAGAAGGUGGAGUUCGAGCCCGCCAGCCGCGGCUUCUCCUGCCAGCUGGAGCUGCUGCGGGGGAAGUACGUGGUGCUCAACCCCCGGGCCGAGGCCGCCGGCCGCCACCGCGGCCCCGAGGAGGGACCGCCCGGCAAGCAGGGCAACGGCCAUGCCCCGGGGGGCCUGGGGGACGGGGUCCCCGCGCCCCAGAAGGUGCUUUUCCCCGUGGACCGUCUCUCCCUGAAGUGGGAUCGCAUCUACCGGAUCGGCGCCGGGCUGCACAACCUGGGGAAUACCUGUUUCCUCAACUCCACGGUGCAGUGCCUGACCUACACGCCGCCGCUUGCCAACUACCUGCUCUCCAAGGAGCACGGCCGCACCUGUCACCAAGGAGGCUUUUGCAUGAUGUGCAUUAUGCAGAACCACGUGAUCCAGGCUUUUGCCAACAGCGGCAACGUAAUAAAGCCGGUGUCCUUCAUCCGAGACCUCCAGAAGAUUGCCCAGCACAUCCGCUUCGGCAGGCAGGAGGAUGCGCACGAGUUCCUGCGUUACACCGUUGAUGCCAUGCAGAAGGCCUGCCUGAAUGGCCGUACCAAGUUGGAUCGCCAGACCCAGGCCACGACGCUGGUUCACCAGAUCUUUGGCGGUUACCUGCGGUCCCGUGUGAAGUGCUCGGUGUGCAAGAGUGUCUCGGACACCUAUGAUCCUUACCUGGACCUGGCGCUGGAGAUCGGGCAAGCUGCAAACAUAGUGCGGGCGCUGGAGCUGUUUGUGAAGUCGGACAUGCUGGGCGGGGAGAACGCCUACAUGUGUGCCAAAUGCGAGAAGAAAGUGCCGGCCAGCAAACGCUUCACCAUCCACCGAGCCUCCAAUGUUCUCACGCUCUCGCUGAAGCGCUUUGCCGACUUCGGCGGAGGCAAAAUCACAAAGGACGUGGGAUACCCUGAGUACUUGAACAUCCGCCCUUACAUGUCUCAGAACAAGGGGGAUCCUGUCACGUACGGACUCUACGCAGUGCUGGUGCACUCUGGGUACAGUUGCCACGCGGGGCACUACUACUGCUACGUGAAGGCCAGCAAUGGGCAGUGGUAUCAAAUGAACGAUGACCGGGUGCGCUCCAGCAACAUCAAAGUGGUCCUCAACCAGCAGGCCUAUGUGCUGUUCUACCUGAGAAUCCCCAGCCCCAGGAAGAGCUCGGAGGGGCCCAUUGCCAAAGCUGCCUCCAGCCUGCCUGGCCGCACUGGCAGCAUCACGGAUCAGGUCAAGAAGAGUGUGACCAACGGGCCCCUGUCUUCACCGCUGAUGGGCCGGAGACCAGACAGGCUGCCGGGGCCGGGGGAGGUUGGAGUCCCUGCGGCCCGCAGCACGUUUGGGACAGGGCCGAAGCUGGCGAACGGAACUGCUCCACCAAAGCUGCCCGCUGGGUCCCCGUCACCCAAACUGCCCCUCAAAGCCACCCACACGGCCACAGCGCUGCCCGAUGCUGCAGCCCGGAGGCCCAAGAAGCCGCUCUCCUUCCCGCAGCUGCCUCCCACGGCCAGAGCAGUUCAGGGCUUCUGUGACAGCAGCAACGCAAACGGGGCCAAAGCAGAGCUGCCCCGGCAGAGCUCCUGGGAGAGCAAGCAGCCACCUACCUCACCCAAGCUGCUGGUAGAGCCCAGCCCCAGCCAGGAGCCCCGGGGCAGCGGGGAGAACACCGGGACCCGGGAGAGGGACUCCUGCGGCAGCAGGGCUGCCAGCCCAGCACACAGCGCGGUGGGGAAGCUGGCCAAGGCGUCCCAGAAGGCCAAGAGUGGAACCGGCAGCUUCGGCACCUCUGAGGAAACGGACUGUGGCACGGACCUCCCUGCUCGCCCCAGCACCGAGCCGGCUGCCCCUGAAGACUCCAAGCCAGCACAAUUAAAAUCCUCCCUGUUGGCCAGCACCGCUCUGGAGCUGAGCAGUACCACGUCACCACCACCGGCCAAGAAGCUGGCGCUCUCUGCCAAAAAGGGCAGCCCCCUGCGGAAGGCGAGCGGAAGCGACGGCCACGCACCACCUCACCCACAAUUUGCUGACCGCACCUGCCCCACGAACACCACACAGCCCGACUCCACUCCCUGGCCUUUCGGCAAGUCGAGGCUGUCCUCCUCUGCUCUCAAACUGCCAAAUCCCGAAAAGCCUGCCUCCAGCUUCAUCCUCAACUCAGCCCCUCCGCUCCCAGCCUCCCCCCUGUCCAACGGUUCCACUGCCCACCCUUCGCACCACCUUCCUCCCUGCAGCGGGGAGAAGAGACCCAGCCAGGUCACCCCGGGUUCUUCCAAAAAGAAGCGGCAAAAGCAACAUCAUGGAGCAGCUGGCAGCCCUCAUGCUCUGGCUGCGAAGGGCAAGGAUGAAGUCUCCGGCCCCCCCAGAAAGAAGAAGAAGAACCUCACUCAGGAGGGCUCGGUGUCCCUUGAGGGGAAGGAGGCAGCAGGCAAGGGUGCCAGCGGUGGCAGGGAGGCACCGGGCUGUCAGGAGCUGGAGAGCAGGCCCAAGCAGCGAGUGUCAGAUGCCAGUAGUUGCCUGGACACGGAGCCCAUCUCCCCCCUCAAGAAGAAGAAGAAAAAGAGGAGAAUGGAGGAGACAGAAGAGCGCUGCUCUGGGACGCUGUCCUCGGGCAGCUCUAGGAGGGCUGAGACAGAGCCCCGGAAGAUAAAGCAGCAGCGGAGCGUGGAGGCUGGGGCUGGAGAGAGCGAGCACCGCAAGCGCAAGUGGAGGGAAAGCCUCAGCAGCCCACCGUUGGAGCGGCCGGCUCCCAAUGGCAUCCAUGCCACAGAUGGCACCCCAGACUUGUGGGGCCGGGCUCCUCGAGGGGUGAAGAUUUACCCCCAGUUCCUCCCUGUCCAGGACAGGCCCCAGUGUGCCCAAACACCCUGCGCCAUCAGGAUCUUGCUUCUCUUGACAGGCAGCCCCCUGCGGAAGGCGAGCGGAAGCGACGGCCACGCACCACCUCACCCACAAUUUGCUGACCGCACCUGCCCCACGAACACCACACAGCCCGACUCCACUCCCUGGCCUUUCGGCAAGUCGAGGCUGUCCUCCUCUGCUCUCAAACUGCCAAAUCCCGAAAAGCCUGCCUCCAGCUUCAUCCUCAACUCAGCCCCUCCGCUCCCAGCCUCCCCCCUGUCCAACGGUUCCACUGCCCACCCUUCGCACCACCUUCCUCCCUGCAGCGGGGAGAAGAGACCCAGCCAGGUCACCCCGGGUUCUUCCAAAAAGAAGCGGCAAAAGCAACAUCAUGGAGCAGCUGGCAGCCCUCAUGCUCUGGCUGCGAAGGGCAAGGAUGAAGUCUCCGGCCCCCCCAGAAAGAAGAAGAAGAACCUCACUCAGGAGGGCUCGGUGUCCCUUGAGGGGAAGGAGGCAGCAGGCAAGGGUGCCAGCGGUGGCAGGGAGGCACCGGGCUGUCAGGAGCUGGAGAGCAGGCCCAAGCAGCGAGUGUCAGAUGCCAGUAGUUGCCUGGACACGGAGCCCAUCUCCCCCCUCAAGAGGAGGAGAAUGGAGGAGACAUGGUGUGGAGGGGAGGGCGUGCUCCUCUGCAGACUUGUGGGGCCGGGCUCCUCGAGGGUGGCGGCGUGUGCCUGGGAUAGCCAGGCUGGAGGUGGGGAGAGGCGCUGCCCGGCUGCCCCAAGCCGUGAGCCCGGCCGUGGGGCUGGCACAGCACCUGGGAGCCAGGAGGAGGCCAGCGUGGUGGAGGAGCUGCUCAGGAACUCCUUGGACAAGGCUUAUGGCAAACAAGUCUUGACCUGGGAGGGCGAGAUCUCAGCUGUCCGCCAGGAUGCCACUCGGGACGCAGCGUGGGCCCGGAGCGCGACUGUCAUCGAUGAGUGGGACGAGGAGUUUGACAGAGGGAAGGUAAAGAAGAUGAAAAAACUAAAGCGGGAGCAGAGGGGACAGUUCAAUCCCUUGCAGCAGCUGCAGACAAAGCGCAACUUCUGCUCCGUGACGCAUCCCGCCAAGGUGGGCAGCCUGAGCCGUCGGCUCUGA